AUGGCAGAUUACAAGUGGGAAGUGGGCACCAUAUUUAGCGAUAAGGAUGACUUUAAGGAUGCCAUUAGAAUGUAUGUUGUUCAUGCUGGGAGGGCUCUAAAAUUUGUGAAAAAUGAUAACCGUAGGGUGAGGAUCAGAUGCAUGGGUGGCCAAAGUAAGUGCCCUUGGGUAGCUUACUAUGGGUAUUUUCCAUCACGCAAAAUUUGGCAAUUGAGGAAGAUAAUUGAUACUCAUACUUGUAAUAGACAACUUAACGUUAAACUGAUGAAUGCUAAGUGGUUGAGUCAAGAAAUAGAUAGGUCUUUAGUUGACAAUCCUAAUUUAAAAGUGAACGACAUACGUAGUAAAUUAUUAAGAAAAUGGAAUACCAAUGUGUCAAUAUCCAAGGCACGAAGGGCAAAGUUAAUUGCCACAAGACAACUUGAAGGAGGUUUCAAAGAACAAUUUAAAAGGAUCUACGACUAUGGACAUGAGUUUAUGAGAUGUAACCCAGGGUCAACAAUGAAGGUUAAAGUUGACCCUGAUAAUGGUGACCCAAUCUUCCAAAGAAUGUAUGUUUGUCUCAAAGCUUGUAAAGAUAAUUUCAUGAGUUGUAGGCCCAUUAUAUGUUUAGAUGGGUGUUUUUUGAAAGGUCACUAUAAGGGGGAGCUGCUUACUGCUGUUGGUAGGGACCUAAACGACUAA